CCAUUUGCCACGUUGUCAAACAGUGGCAAAUGGACAAACACACACACUACCCUAGGUAUUGUGUCAAGGAGCAGCAAUCUACCCUUCAACAUGUCUGGACUCAAUGCAUCCCUUGGCUACUUUAUUGCCAUUGUGGCCUUCGGUAUCUCAAGCCGAGUACUUCUGAGGCGGCGUCCGCGUCUCGACUUCCUGCUGGAGUUGGCGGCCUCGUUUGUGCUGGCCGCAUGCUUGCUGGAGGUGCAGACCAUCGUGGAGGUGGGCCAGUGGGCCGGGGGUCUUGGUCCUGACGUGUGUGUCACAAUACUGUUCGUGGUGCUGUUGACCCAUGGCGUGGCGUGCGGUAACGCCUCCGGCAACCCCACACUGACGCUUGUGAGAUUCCUGACUCUGGAGGAGACCCCCAUUCCGACCCUGCUUGCCGUGGCGGGGCAGUUCCUGGGAGCACACGUGGCCCUGCUGGCGGCCCUGCACUACUGGGGCCUGGAGCUCACGGACAUGCACAUGAUCAAAAACCUGAUGGCGAGCUCGUGCAGCACGUCGCUGCGGGUGUCUGUGCUACAUGGGUUCUUUACCGAGUGUGUGUGUGCGCUCGUGUUCCACCUGGUGCACCUGAGCAUGCGCCGCCGGUCCGCUAUGAUACGGAUCCCACUUGUUGCAGUACUCCUGACCUUCCUGUCCCAUACAGCCAGUGAUUAUACCUCCGCCUACAUGAACCCUUCGCUGGCCUAUAGCCUAACCUUCAACUGCCCUGGGUUCACCUUGACGGAAUAUGCAAUAGUCUACUGGCUAGGACCACUCACAGGCAUGAGCAUGGCUCUUUUUCUGUACAUUGGUCACAUUCCAAGAGUCUUCUCCAAGAAUUUAUUAUACUCUCAGAAAACAAGAUUCAGAGUGCCCAAGGGCAAUACAUCAGGUGAAGGAGACAAAAAGAAAAAGUGAAUGAAGCUUGCCUUUUAUUUUUUUAACCAUUAAAUAUCAAAUGAGUCUUGCUCCUUGGACAAGUUGAUCUAUUCAUGAAUAAAAAGUGAAAAUGAAACACACUUAAAUUGUUUUUGUACUUAUCUCAGAUCAAGCCCUCCUAUUGGCCAAGUCUGAAAACAGCAAAUGUAAUGAUACAAUACAAAAUGUAUUGUUUCUAUGAGUAAAGAUCUAGUUCAAAGUAAAGAAAUGGUAUGAUAAUGCUUUUAUUUCAACAACAUACACACAUUGGAAAGCUCAAAAUAUGACAGUGACAUCACUCAAAUACUUGUUCAACGGCAUACAACUUAUUUUCAUAACUCAAACUGUAUGUACAAUAAAAAAAAAA